AGGUCUGACAGGGCCGGGGGUAGGAGGAACAGGAGGAGGCGCCAGAGGUGGUCCUAGUUUUGGACCAAGUGGUACUGGGACUGGACCAGGUGGCUUCGGACCAGGUGGAGCUGGAACUGGUGGCUUCGGACCAGGUGGUGCUGGAACUGGUGGCUUCGGUCCAGGUGGUACUGGCACUGGACCAGGUGGCUUUGGACCAGGUGGAGCUGGAACUGGGAUAGGUGGCUUCGGACCAGGUGGUACUGGAACUGGGCCUGGUGGCUUUGGACCUGGGGGUGCUGGAACUGGGCCUGGAGGAACUGGGACAGGACCUGCAGGGUAUGAUGCCAAUGCAAAAGCUCGUAAAUAUGGGAUGUUAAGCGGAGCACUUGGUGGUGGAGGUGGAGUGGGACCAGGUGGUACUGGCACUGGUGUUGGACCAGGUAGAGCUGGAUCUGCUGGAACUGGUACAGGUUAUGGACCAGGUGGUGUUGGCACUGGCUUUGGAUCAGGUGGUGCAGGAACUGGCUUUGGACCAGGUGGUGCUGGCACUGGCUUUGGAUCAGGUGGUGCUGGAACUGGUUUUGGACCAGGUGGUUCUGGUACUGGCUUUGUACCAGGUGGUACCGGAACCGGCUAUGGACCAAGUGGUGCAGGAACUGGCUUUGGACCUGGUGGUGCAGGAACUGGGCCUGGUGGCUUUGGACCUGGGGGUGCUGGAACUGGGCCUGGAGGAACUGGGACAGGACCUGCAGGGUAUGAUGCCAAUGCAAAAGCUCGUAAAUAUGGGAUGUUAAGCGGAGCACUUGGUGGUGGAGGUGGAGUGGGACCAGGUGGUACUGGCACUGGUGUUGGACCAGGUAGAGCUGGAUCUGCUGGAACUGGUACAGGUUAUGGACCAGGUGGUGUUGGCACUGGUUUCGGACCAGGUGGUACAGGCACUGGCUUUGGACCAGGUGGAGUCCGACCAAGUACAACUGGGACUGGGUUUGGACCAGGAGGUGCUGGGACUGGCUUUGGACCAGGUGGAAUUGGCCCAGGAGGUGCUGGGACUGGCUUUGGACCAGGUGGAAUUGGCCCAGGAGGUGCUGGGACUAGAGUUGGACCAGGUGGAGUUGGCCCAGGAGGAGCUGGGACUGGCUUUGGACCAGGUGGAAUUGGCCCAGGAGGAGCUGGUACUGGCUAUGGACCUGGAGGUUAUGCUGCUGCAAAAGCUCGUAAAUAUGGUCUACCAGGAGGUGCAGGAGGCGCCCUAGGAGCGGGAGGACUGGGGGCAGGAGGAGGGAUCCCAGGAAGAGGUGUUGGACUUGGGACUAGUGGUGGACCUGGAGCAGGACAAGGGACUGGAGGAAUACCUGGUUCUGGUGUCAUAGCAGGAGGUGGACCAGGUGGAUUUGGACCAGGUAGAUUUGGACCAGGUGUCGGUGGAGGAGGCUUCGGUCCUGGAACUGGAGGAACAGGCUAUGGACCUGGUGGAUAUGGACCUUUACCUGGUGCUGGUUAUGGUACUGGUGGAGGCUACGGCUAUGGACCCGGGUCACAACCUGCCAAAUAUGGGUAUGGCAAAACUGCAUCAAAAGCUGAGAAGUAUGGGCAACAACCUGGUGGAGUUCUACCUGGGGUAUUACCUGGUACAACUACACAAAUAGCAGGUACUGGGCCUGGCACUGGAGUUUCAGGAAAUGCAACAAGCACUGGGGCUCGUGCAGGGACAGGAGGUGGAUCUACCGGGCCUAGAGGUGCAGGACCUACUAGAGGGACACUAUCCCCAACACCAGAAGGUGGUGUAAUAGAAGGAUCAGGGAGCACUGGAGGAGAUGGAGGUGUAGCUGGCAGACCAGUUGGAGCAGGUGAUGGCGAUACCUUGAGUGGAACAGGAAUACCUAUAAUUGGAGCAAGACCAGGCAUCAAUGGAACCGGCUCUCUAGCAGGUUCUGCAGGACCAGACUCUGUUAUAGGUGGAACUGUGAGAACUAGUGGUUCUGGUGACGAACUCACAAGUGGGUCACUGCCUGGAGCCAAACCUCUCAAACCUCCAGGUGUCCCCAGAGGUGACACACCAGGUGAAGGAGAUGGAGAGGAUGGCCCUGAUGGGGAAAGGGACGGUACAAGAAGCACAAGCAGUGGCGGAGAACAGAAAGACACACUUACUGCUGGAACUGGACUAGGUACUGCAAUCGGUACAAGUGGAGGAACACCACAACCAGGCACAGCACUAGGAUCCAAUGGUACCGUGGUUGGAGCUGGACCUGGUGGUGCUGCAACUGGAACUGCUUCCAGAGGUGUUGGAGGAGGUCCCGGAGGAGCAGGUGUGGUACCAGGUGGACUUGGAACUCAAUCUUAUAAACCUGGAAAAAGCUACGGUGCUGGAGUUCUACCAGGUGGAGCUUUACGGUACCCGACUGGAGCAGGAGUUGGACAGGGAACUGGAAAACCAGGAAAAGCAUAUGGAAUUCUGGGAGGUGGAGGCCAGCUUAUAGUUGGACCUGGAGGGUAUCUAGUCGGCCCUGGUGGCGCAGGACCAGGAGGCUUUGGUACUGGUCCUGGAGGCUAUGGAGCUGGACCUGGAGGCUAUGGAGGCAGAGGUGUCGGUGGUGGUACUGGCCCUGGAAGCACAGGAACACUGGGAACUGGUACUGGUCCAGGAGGUUUAGGUGGAGGUGUUGGAGUAGGCCCUGGUGGAGUCGGACCUGGGGGUUAUGCUGGUGGUGUGGCUCCUGGUGGUUCAGGUUAUGGUGCAGGUUCUGGUUUGGGCACUGGCUCUGUCAAACCACCAAAAAGUUAUGGAACAAGGCCUGGUGGUUCUCAAGUUGGACCAGGUGGGUAUGGAACUGGACCAGGUGGAAUUGGUUCUGCUCAAGGAUCUUUUGGCCCUGGUUUUGGCCCUGGUGCUGGUGGUUAUGGACCUGGUGGAUAUGCUGGGACAGGUGUGGGUGGUACGGGAACCACAUCAGGUGGUUUUGGACCGGGUGGUACAGGAGCAGGACCAGGUAGCUAUGGACCUGGUGGUGCAGGGAUAUACACUCCUGGAGGUCAAGAACUUGGGCAGAGAAAACCACCUAAACCAGGAUAUGGAUCGUUACCACUUGGAACCUCACAAGGUACUGGGCCUGGAAGAUUCGGACCUGGAGGUGCUGGAACUGGACCAGGGGGCUUUGGACCUGGAGGUGCUGGAACUGGACCAGGGGGCUUUGGACCAGGAGGUGCUGGUACUGGACCAGGGGGCUUUGGACCUGGUGGUAUAGGCACGGGACCAGGUGGAUUUGGACCAGGAGGUGCUGGCACUGGACCAGGUGGAUUUGGACCAGGAGGUGCUGGCACUGGACCAGGCGGAUUUGGACCAGGAGGUGCUGGUACUGGACCAGGGGGCUAUGGGCCAGGAGGUGCUGGUACUGGACCAGGGGGCUAUGGGCCAGGUGGUGUAGGUACUGGACCAGGGGGCUUUGGGCCACGUGGUGCUGGACAAGGCUUGGCGAAAAGGAAACCUUAUAAAUCUGGUUAUGGAGGAACGGGCUAUGGCUCAGCUGGAGGACUAGGAGGAGGUGCAGGAGUGGGGACAGGUGGAGUUGGUGCUGCAUCUAGAGGCUACGGUGCUGGAGGCUAUGGUCCUGGUGGAACUGGAGCAGGCCAAACGGGUUAUGGACCUGGUGGUACGGGGACCGGUGUUGCUCUACCUGGUGGCACUGGACCUGGUGGUUUUGGUCCCGGUGGCACUGGGCCAGGUGGUGCUGGACCUGGUGGUUUUGGGCCAGGUGGCACUGGAGCUGGUGGUUUUGGGCAAGGUGGUUAUGGACCAGGUGGUGUUGGCACUGGUUCAGGUGGCAGUGGAGCUGGCAUCUUUGGAGCCACUGGACAAGUCAUUGGGAAAAGGAAGCCCUCUAAGUCUGGUUAUGGCUCUCAACUGGGAGGAACCGGAUAUGGACCAGGUAGUGGAGGAGUAAUUCCUGGUGCAGCCACAGGAGGGAUCAGUGGAGCUGGCACAGGAGGAAUGGGGGGAACAGCAGGAAGAGGAGGUCUUGUAGGAACUGGUCAGGGAACAGGAGGAGCAGGUGGCUUACCAGCAGGGGGCGUUGGUCCUGGUUAUGGUGGAACAACUUCAGGAAGAUAUCCAGGCAGUAUAGCAGGAGGAGUCGGAGGAGCAGGAGGCCCUGUAGGAGCAGGAGGCCCUGUAGGAGCAGGAGGCCCUGCAGGAGCAGGUGGCUUGCAAGGGGGUGUCGGCCUUGGCUAUGGUGGGACUGGUGCAAUAUAUCCUGGUUACGCAGGAGCUGGACAAAAAUCUAAGGCACAGAAGGCAGCCAAAUAUGCAGCAAUGCAAGCCUUACUAGGAUCUGGCAGCUAUAGAGGUGCCGGUCGAAGGAGGAAGUGAGUGACCAAAGGAUAGGAAGUGACCUCAUUAAAACAACAGUGGUGCUACUGCAUGUUCCCAGAUGGUAAUUGUCUAAACUGCCAUAGAAGCCAAAGCUUCAGCACAAUACAUGUUACCUUUUCAUUUGCUUAGAUUUUAUAAAAGGCUCUCUUUAAGAAGAAAGAGUAGAGGUUCUCAGCCUGUUAGGAUUCUUGAUUCCUUAGAGAAAAGGCAAUUAGUGCUGUACAUUUUUUAUGUUUUCUUUUUGAUAUGACACUGUUAAAAAAAUGAUAAAAAUUAACAACUUGACCAAAAAAAAAAAAAGAACACAUUGUGUGUGUGUGUGUGUGUGUGGAAUCGUAUAGUGAUUCUCAGGGGAUCCUGAUCAUCAGACUGAGAACCACUGACAUAAACCAACUUCUUUAUCAUUUUAUGACCAGGCUGUUCUAUAAUACAGUUUUUGCUUGUUGUUGUUGUUGUUGUUGAUAAAUUGGAUGUUACAUGAAGACCAAAAACUCCCUCAGGAAAGUCCUUCAGGGUGUUGCUGUGCUUUUGUAUCUCCUUCAUUUGUAUCCAGUCAGUCUGGACGUUUCAUUACUGAACUGUUAGUAAAGGUUGUAGAUCAAAGUGCAACUCACAUAUAUAAUCUGAGACAGAAACAGAUGUGGCUGCUAUUUUGGGGAACUGUGAACAAAAGUGACUGAGUGUAGAUUUCUUUUGACCAGUCAUUAACUGAUCCUUGAAAAGCAGUUGUGUUCAUAUGUUCAGGCCUCAGAACGUGCAGAGGUCCAAAAUCUCUCAUGAAAAAUAAUCCAAAGAUAAUCAUUUACAGCCGCACGGCACCAAUCUGUGUUGACAUCAAAAUAUUGCUAUCAUCUUCUGACUUGGCUUAUAUUUUAAAAUGUGCUGUUUUUUGAUUUGCUUUCUUUAACACUGUUGGAAAUGAUUCACGUGUACUUGUUUACUCUAAGUUAUGCUGACAAAAAGCAGAAAACAGCAAAGUUCUUUAUCCAUUCAGUCAUAUUUUACAAAGUUAAAUAAAUACAUCAUUGAAUGUUUUGCAUAUUUUUGAGUGUGUUUGUGGUAAAUAUAGGUGCUUUGUUUUCUUUGUUGUUCCUGAGUAUUUGCUCAACUAUACUGUCACUUCUGAGAAAUCCAGAUCAAACAGUGUAACUGAAUCUCAUCUUCAGCUGAAAAUGUUUUGAAAUAUCUGUUUUUUUUGUGAGGCCUAUGAAGAAAUUGGUGCACUGUUGUACACUUUCUGACAACGCUCUCUAAAAUAAAGACUAAA